UUUACGCAUGUCAAGUAAAAUUGUUUUUACCUGGGUUAGAGAAGAGAACAAUGAUUUGACCAGUUUUUGACCUGUUAUGAAAGCAUUCCAAUUAGUUCUUUAAAAGUUUAUAACCAUCUACUUAUUUUCGUAUCUUAGAAGAUACAAAUUAUAAAAUGUUGCAUCUAAUGGUUAUGAGGACUUUACCGAAGAAUAUCACAUUAAUCCAUCUCAGGGCACUAAACACAUUUCAAUCUUUAUUGAAUCAAAAGCAACAGAACAUAAAUGCCAAUGUACCAGGUCUUAGCGAAAAGUGCUGCAAACUUCCUUCAACAUCUGUGGGACCAAACGCAUCCAAAGAUAAAGAGUAUAAAAAUCCAGAGUACUUUUGUUAUCAUCUAGAUUCAUUCGCAGAGGCCGAAGUGGAAUUAGCAAAGUAUAGAUUACAAGCACCGUCUAACAAAGUACCCUUCAAACAAUGAACAAUAACCAUUUAAAUCUAUCAAACAAAUUUUAUUGUCAACAAUCAGGAAUAAUAAAGAAAAUAAUAAGUUUAUAGUUUCAUUAGAAAACAGUGUGAUAGAAUAAGAAAUAUUUAAUAUAAAAAAGAAAAAAGAUAUGCUUAAAAGAUCUACUUUUAAUGAUAGUAAAAGAAAGAUCAUUUAAUUGACAUUGAAAUAAUUAUGUAAUUCUAUCGUCAAGACGCUAUAUUAAAACGAACGUUAACAGUGUCACAUA